GAGGAUGGGAAUAACGACGGAGAGAUGGCAGGAAAGAGAAAAAGGACUGCAGAAAGCAGUGAAGGGAAAAGAAAAAAGAAAAAGACACGAGGAGCAGCAUUGAUGCCAGAAUUGUCAGAAAGUAAUGGAAUAACGUGGAUGUCCUCUCUGGAAACAAAAUUCGAAGAUGCAAAAGACAAAAAACCUACUGCAGAAAAACUUGAACGCUUGAGAAGGCAAAAGAUAAACCGCUUCAGAAAUCAACACAAGAUUAAUGUUCAAGGAACAGAUCUUCCUGACCCAAUUGCCACGUUUGAUCAACUUCAAAAGGAAUACAAAAUCCACCCUAAAAUCAUGGAGAAUAUUCAAGCUGCUGGCUUCCGGGUCCCAACACCAAUCCAGAUGCAGGCUAUUCCUGUCAUGCUUCAUGGUCGGGAACUUCUAGCUUCAGCUCCUACUGGGUCUGGAAAAACACUAGCAUUUUGUAUUCCUCUUUUGACACAUCUGAAACAACCUAGGAACAAAGGAUUCAGAGCGCUGAUCAUAUCGCCUACCCGAGAACUUGCUAGCCAGACACAUCGGGAGUUGGUGAAGUUGGCUGAGGGGACAGGCUUCAGAAUACAUAUGAUCCACAAGGCAGCUGAAGCAGCAAAGAAGUUUGGGCCCCAGUCUUCGAAGAAAUUUGAUAUACUAGUUACUACUCCAAACAGACUCAUUUAUUUGCUGAAACAAGAUCCUCCAGCAAUAGACUUGACCAGUGUAGAGUGGCUGGUGGUGGAUGAGUCAGACAAACUGUUUGAAGACGGGAAGUCGGGGUUCCGAGACCAACUGGCCUCCAUCUUCCUGGCAUGCACAUCUCACAUGGCGAGAAGAGCCUUGUUCAGCGCAACCUUUGCACAUGAUGUAGAGGAAUGGUGUAAACUCAACCUCGACAGUGUUGUUCUGGUGUCUGUUGGCGCAAGAAACUCUGCAGCAGAGACAGUAGAACAAGAGCUAUUGUUUGUUGGAUCUGAGACAGGAAAACUGACGGCAAUGAGAGAGCUUGUUAAAAAGGGUUUUGCUCCUCCGGUCCUUGUUUUUGUACAGUCUAUUGAGAGGGCUAAAGAGCUUUUCCAUGAACUUAUUUACGAAGGCAUCAAUGUGGAUGUCAUCCAUGCAGAUAAAACUCAGCAACAGAGAGAUAACGUAGUACGCAGUUUCAGAGCUGGGAAGAUCUGGGUGCUCAUCUGCUCAGCCUUACUAGCACGAGGGAUUGACUUCAAAGGAGUGAAUAUGGUCAUUAAUUAUGAUUUGCCAACGAGUGCGGUGGAAUACAUCCACAGGAUAGGUCGUACUGGAAGAGCAGGGCACACAGGAAAAGCAGUCACUUUCUUUACAGAAGAUGAUAAACCUUUAUUACGGAGUAUAGCCAAUGUUAUUCAGCGAGCUGGCUGUCCUGUGCCAGACUACAUAAAACACUUCCCCAAACUGCAAAGCAAACAAAAGAAGAAAUUAAUUAAGAAACCAUUAACAAGAGAGUCCAUUUGUACCACCCCUCAGUGCUUCUUAAAAAAAGCCAAAAGAAAAACGAAAACUACAAAGGAAAAUAUUAAGGAAAAAAAGAAAGUUAAAGAAGAUAAAAAUGGCAGUAAAUUACAGACUGUUUCAAAAAGCUGA